AAGGUUCGUUCUAUUCUAUCGCAAAGUAGUGUUAUAGCGUUUGCAACUUUCUUUCUUAGAGAUUCGUUCUUCUUAGUUCCGUUUCAGCCUUUCAGUUCUGUAUAAUAAUAAUGAGUCGGCCACAUGAUGGGCAUCCGUCGGCCUUUCCUUUCGGAAACCCUUUCCGAAUGAUCUUUCCCAGGGGGUCAUGGCUGUCUCAAAAGCUUGUGGGACUGUUAAAUUCUUUCGAGGAAAGAUUGGCCGAAAGGCUGAAGAAGCUCAAGCUGAAAGAUGAGGGAGAUGUCCUUACCUUGUCGUGGAUGAGAUUGGCAAUGGAGUUGCUUUCCGAAACACAUGCUGACAUUAAAGUUCUCAUUACUGACCUUCAGUUCCCUGUCGCUGAUUGGGAUGAGAAAUGGUUGGAUGUCUACUUGGAUAAUAGUGUGAAGUUACUUGACAUCUGUCUUGCCUUCAGCUCUGAGUUCUCCCGGAUUAACCAAGCUCAUCUUUUGCUUCAAUGUGUACUACAUGUUUUGGACACUUCUAGAACCUCACCAUCAAGAGAGCAGCUUUCGCGUGCCCAUUAUUGUCUAGGUGACUGGAUGAAGCAGAUUAGUCUCAGAAACCCAAAGCUGGAGAACUGUUCUACCAUCUUACAUGGUCUCAACGAAUCUCUUCACAUGGCUAAAGUUAAGAAAUCUGCGAAGGGAAAGGUUUUGAUGCGUGCUAUGUAUGGGGUGAAGGUUCAGACUAUUUUUGUCUGUAGCAUCUUUGCAGCAGCUUUCUCAGGCACACCUAGUCCAUUGGUGGAUUUGCAUGUUUCGGAUAAAUUUUUGUAUGCCGAGGCUUUCAACGAUUUGCAGGCUAAUGUGAAUGGAGUAAUUAGGAAUGUAAUUUCAAAUGGAAGAUCCACACUAUUAAAGGAGCUUGAAGCUGUUGAGGCAAGUGUUGGGAGGUUGUCUGCCAUGAUUGACAGUGAUGGCAAUGGGCCUGUUGAAGAAGAAACAAUGUUGAAUUCUGUUUCGGAUUUGAGAAAGAGUUCCGAGAGGCUUUCACAGGGGUUGGAUAUUCUUUCAAAGGAAGUAGAGGGCUUCUUCCAGAUUGUUCUUACUGGUCGUGAUGCUUUGCUCAGUAACUUAAGAGUAGAUGAUUCUAACUCUGAUAUCAGAUUAGAAAGCAAUGUUGAAUAUCAGGUUAUAAGGUGAUAGCUGAUGAAAAGUUACUUCUGGACAUCUAGUUUGUAAGGGUGUAUCUGAUUGGUCAAAUCUCUACACUACUUUACGCGCCUGCAAUGCCAAAGAUAGCCCCUUGAGAGUGUUAGUUGUGUAAUAAAAUAUUAUCUUAAUAUAGUAUGUAUGUAGUAUGUACUGUCAGUGAUUUGCUUAAUGAAGUUGUUUCAUGUGAGCGUUUGA